CCGAGGCGGUGGAUGGCGAAGAAGAGCAGAGGACCUGAUGCAACACAUCCUCAAGCUGACAGCCGGUGAUUGUAGAAGAGUACACAUUCGGAGCGACGAUGGCGAUCGCGAAGCAGCAAGCCGCUGCCAGGAUUCGACUCGCGGCGAUUUCCAGCCAUCUCCGACCCAGUCCAACCUCCAGAAGCCCUACAACCCAAGAUCAACACUCUUCUAGCAUUAGUGCGCGUCGACCUUCAUCCUCCGAAGCACCUGCACCCUCCUCGGCCCUGAAGAACAACAACGAAUCCUCCCCGAUUGCUGCCUCACAAUGGACCCAGCCUCACAUUUAUCGCUAUUGGGUGCCCGUCCAAACCCGUUGGUCUGAUAAUGACGUGUACGGGCACAUGAACAACGCGAAAUACUACGAGUUAUUUGACACGAUAGUGAACAAGUAUUUACGAGAAGAAUGUGCGGAAGACGAGCCAUCGAUGGGCCUAGUAGUCCAUUCCGGAUGCGACUAUCUGAAGCCGGUCGGGUUCCCGACCCGGGUGAUCCUGGGCUUGGCCGUCGAACGGAUCGGGAGGUCGAGUGUGGUUUGGCGGAUAGGCUUAUGGUCCUCCACUCGGGCCUCCAAUUCGACCCCCGAGUCCGGUCAGCCAGCUAGGGUUGAUAAUGCAAGGGACGAUCAGAUCGGAUGUCAUGCGGUCGGCAAGUUCGUCCAUGUCUUCGUCGACCAUUCUUCCCGAACGAAAAUCGACAUCAGUCCCGUCGUUCGCGCUGGUGCUUCACGUUUGCUCGUUGAAAAAUAAUGAUCCAAUACACACUUCCUUCAUCAGAAUCCUUUUUUUUUAAAGCAAUGUUGUAUGGUUUUUUGAUUCUAGCCACAGGCAUCAUCUCAUGUGUCAUGAUGUCCUGGGUACAACAAUGUCAUGAGCUUGAAAUGCCCCCCACAAAAAACGUCAAAAGAGAAGUGACCCCAACGUGACUUGAAC